AUGUCGAGGAGAUUAGUUCGAGAUGGAAACAAAAGGAUUGUUCGCUUGAAGGAAGGCGAGGCCGCUGGAAGGCACGUCGUCAUUGUGGACGAUCUAGUGCGCUCUGGAGGCACUCUCAAGGAAUGCCAGGUUCGUGUAGUAAGAUUUCUUCAUCGUUUCUUAGCCAGUGUCUUUCAGAAUGUACUACAAGCGAAUGGAGCCACGAAAGUGAGUGCUUACGCCACACACGGCGACUUCCCUCACCAAACCUGGGAGCGAUUUCUUCACGCGGCGGGAGGCGUCCAUAAUGCGAACGAUUUGAUCAGGAUGCACGGGCGAUUGGGAAAUGCCGCCAAGGCUCGGGAGAUUUUCGAUCUAAUUCCCGUGAAGGAUCGUCUGAGCUGGGACUACAUGCUGCUGGCCUACACCCAGGGCGGGUCGAUCGACGAGGCAUGGCGGAUUUUCGAUCAAAUCCCGCAGCCCAGCGUGUUUUCCUUCAACAUUUUGCUGUCGGCGCUCUCGCAGAGCGGGGAUUUUCGCGGGGCGCGCCGGAUCUUCGACGGGAUGCCGCAGUGGGAUGUGGUAUCGUGGAAUUCGAUGCUGUCCGCGCACAUCCAGCACGGAGACCUGGCAGCCGCGCAGAGAUUUUUCGAUUGUAUGCCCGAAAAAACUAUAGUCUCGUGGAACGCGAUGGUGUCUGCGUAUGCCGCGAAGGGAGACACUAGCAUUGCGAAGCUUUUGUUUGGCAAGAUGCCCCAAUGGGACGUGGCUUCUUUCAACGCAAUGUUGACUGGGUUUGACCAAGAGGACUACGUUUUGGAAUUGCGAAGAUUUUUCAACGCUCUUCCGGAGGCCAAUUUUGUCUCUUGGACUAUCGUCUUAACAGCAUAUGCCCGCAUUGGGCAUCUUUUUGAGUGUAAGGCCCUCUUUGAUGCGAUGCCACACAGAGAUAUAGUGGCAUAUAACGUAAUGCUCUCGGCAUUUUCCCAGCACAGUACUGGGAAAGAUUCCAAAGCCUUAUUUGAUACCAUGCCACAGUGGGAUAUGCUUUCCUGGACAUCACUUUUAAACGCAUAUAUCCAAGACGGGCAUAUUGAGCGAGCCAAACGUACAUACGACACAAUGCCAAUGCAGGAUACAGUAUCAUGUACGGUUAUGCUUACAUUUCUCUCUACGUAUGGUGCCAUAGUCGAUGCUAGGGUGGUCUAUGAAUCUUUGCCAUGCAAGGAUUUAGUUUCACAAAACGCAAUGCUAGCGGCGUAUGCCUCAAAAGGGUACCUUGAAGAAGCUCGAUUUUUGUUUGACUCCAUGCCACAACGAGACCUUGUUUCUUGUACUAAUAUGCUCAUUUCGUAUGCCCAAGUUGGUCAUCUUAACGACGCAAAACGUGUUUUCAUUUCCAUGCCGGAGCAUGACGUAGUAUCUCGGACCGUCAUGCUCAUCGCAUAUGCCGUGAAUGGGCAUGUUUUAGAAGCCAAUAAAGUGUUCGAUUUGAUGCUAGAGAGAGAUCUCACCGUCUGGAGCGCCAUGCUGGCUGCGUAUGCCUACACGGGGCACUCUUUUGAAGCCCGCCACCUUUUCCAAACCAUGAAUUUCAUUGAAGCAGCUGGUGAAUCCUGCUUUGCACCCAUUUUGAUUUCCCUGGGACAUGUUGGUGGGCUCGACGCCGCAAGAAAUUGCUUCGUGUCGUUGCAAGGGGACUUCGCGUUAAAGCCUACCAAGCAACAUUACGCGUGCAUGGUGGACCUCAUUGCCAAGGCAGGGCAUCUGGAAGUUGCCGAGCUUCUCUUGGAAACCAUGCCGUUUGUGCCUGAUGCUGUGGAUUGGACGUCCCUGCUUGGAGCUUCCAAAUCUCAGGACAAUGUCAAGCAGGGAUUCUGUGUUGCAAAAUCCGUGGUUGGCAUGAACUCACAAGAAUCAGCUGGUUAUUUACUACUGGCCAACAUGUUACACGCAAACAAAUCCUGA